AUGACUGCCGUGAAAGCCACAGCUCCCCCUCCGCUUCGACGGACUUUGUAUCUAAAUGAAUCCCUGGAUCAGGAGGUCACAGAUAGAGCGAAAGAUGCCAGGGAAAAGGCCACAGCUCCAGCUUAUGCAACCAUAAAAACUAAACGCCGGGAAACUCUCUUAAUGCAGGUGAGCAUGGAAGAGGAGAUCAUCUAUCCCGCCACGGAACUACACUCUGUUUCUGUGGAAAAGAUAAAUGCCCAACCGAGGAACACACUUCAUGUGGCAGAGGAACUGAAAAAUGAAAUUAUAGUAAACCCAGGCCAGGAACUACCAUCAAAAGCAAGGAAAAAUGUUUUGUUAGACGAACCUAUGGAGGAGGAGAUUGUCUUUAGCCUGAAAGAUCCACCAGAUGACCUCCAGAUGGCUACCAAGUCAAGGCAAACACCUAUAAUGGAACAAGAGCAAAUGCAACCUUAUUCCAAGGAGGAAUCAACUAUAUAUCCCUUGCAUAAAUCCAGAAAUAUAACCAGGUCGGAAGCCAUAGAAGAGGAUGAGAGCAUUCUGCAGCCAAGGGAACCAUCACUUCAAAAGUACAAAACUUUAGCGGCACCUCGUCGGCCAAACACUAGGCACACUCUCCUAAUGGCUGAGCCCUUGGGGGAAGAUCAAACUCUUUCAAUGGCUGAGCCUUUAGAGAAAGAUCAUAUAGCUUCGUUUAAAUCAAAUAUUCCCAUACGAGAGUCAUCACGUUCAAAGGCUAGAAAUACUAUUCUAAUGGCAGAGCCGAUCCUGGAGGAUUUGGGUUGCAAUUCAACAGAAAGACAGCCUCCCAUACGAGAGUCAUCACGUUCAAAGGCUAAAAAUAGAAAUACUAUUCUAAUGGCAGAGCCGAUCCUGGAGGAUUUGGGUUGCAAUUCAACAGAAAGAAAGCCUGAAUCAAUGGAGAGCCAGAUAUCCGGGCAGCAUAUGGUUAAGAAAAUUGAAAAGCCUGAAGAAAUAGAGCAGGACAUGGACUUGGAAAGUCCAACCAGCAGCAGGUUUCUAGAGCAGCAUCCAGAGCCCUCAAAACCUAGAAAAACUAUUUUACAACCAGAACCCAUCGAGGAGGAUGAGAUUGUUCCACAUUCAAGGCAGCAAUCGAGGCCAAAGGAACCCAUUAAAGAGCAGCUGCGCUCGCAUGAAGAGCCAAAAACUGUGUACCAGUCCUUUAAGCCUAGAAAAACAAUCAUAAAAUCCGAACACAUAGAGGAGGAUGAGAUUGUUUCACAUAAGCUUCCAUCCUAUUUAGGAGAACCCAUUGAAGAGGAUCUGCGCUCGCAUGAAAGAGAGCCAACUAAUAUGUACCAGUCCUUAAAGCCUAGCAAAACCAUCGCAAAUUCAGAACCCAUUGAAGAAACCCAAACACUUCAAGAGCUUAAUGAGACCUCCUCGUGGCCAUAUCGACAGAAAAAAUCGAGACAAACUCUUGUCAAGGCUGAGCCAAUCGAGGAAGAUCCACCAUCCACCUACCAACUCCCCCCUCCAGAUAAGCCACCACGUUUAAAGUCCAGAAAUACUAUUCUAGUGUCGGAGGAAAUUAUUGAGGAUUUGAGUAUCAAAUCAAUAAAUAAGCCUGAAUCCUUGGACUACCAAAGCCCUCAGGAGGCCAUGUUGAAGCCAAAUCCCCAGGUAAUCACUCCCAGUGUCCGAGAAAGUGGCUCCUCCAAUGAUCGAACCUUCAAAAGCUAUGCCGUUGCCACUACCAAGUUUAUGAAUCUCUCCGGCGACACCACCAUUUUUGCCGGUGCCAUAGAUGUGGAUAAGGAGGAGGAGGAGGAGGGCGACGAGAUCCUGGUUUCCACGCUGGCCGAGGAAACCGCCGAAAACGAACAGUUCGAGGAGCCAGAGCACCAGCCCCCCGACCUCUGCCAGGACCAAAAAACUCCACUUGUUAUUGCCGGAAGCAGUGCCUCCUGCAGAAAGUGCAGGAACUGCAAUCGUUCCUUGAGCGAGACUAGGCGAAGCAGCGAUUCCUUUGUGCUGCCUCAACUGAGUCUCUUCAACUUCACCAAAGAACGUGAACGACUGCGCCGGCAGCGGCUGAAGCCAACUUUUGAUGAAAUGCAGAUGCACUGGCAGAUCAAGAGUCAGGAAACGGAAAUGAACGAGUCCUUGGACGAGACGAAAGUGGAGGAGAGGCUUUUCCAUUGGGACAAAGUAAAGCUAAUGCAAAAUAUCAAGAGCUCAAGGUAA